AAGAUCAGAGCAUGGCUACUUCGUAUUAAAUGCACUUUGAUUUGAGUUCCUACGAGUGUUUUGAUUGUAUACCUUAAUGCCUUAAAUGCCAGGCUCCGGUAUCGGAGAGCGAUCGCGAUGCAAAUCUUAUCGAUAAGAUACUUUCGAGGUUUUCGAAGGAGGCCAAGAAGUUCGAAUUCAAGACGCCAACGACAACAACAACAGCAUCAGCAUCAGCACUCCUCCGCGCACAACCACAUCUUGUCAAAGACAUCACCAUCCUCUCCUCCCAAAUAUAGGAAGCCAACACGAGAAGAAACCGGACUGAGUUUCGCCUCUCCCGGUCGACCUGCCGCCACCAGACCAAUCGCCAACCCCUCACCUCAUCAUGGGCUCAGCCAAAGAGCUCGACAAUGCGAACCCUACCAUCUUGAGCGCGUCUGAGCUCCAGAGUCAGAGACAGAGACGCAAGGGAAGAGAUGCAUCAGCCAAGGAGGAGGGCAUAAGAGAGAUAUUGAUGGCAAAGCCGAGUUACGCGCUGGACCCUUUCUACCUAUCAGAGUACUCGGACACGGAUUCCGAUGAUGAUUCGACUUUAGAGCCUAUCGACGAACAAGAAAUAUACGACCUGAUCGCCCCGAUCUCAGACCCGGAGCAUCCGCUCUCUCUAGAAUCACUUGGGGUAGUCAAGCUCCAAGACGUCCAUCUGAUAUCCCCGCCUGAUCUGGCCAACCCAGCAGCCUUGUCCCGUGUGCUGGUGGAACUCACCCCGACGGUUACGCACUGCUCGCUCGCGACGGUCAUUGGCCUCGGCGUCAGGGUUCGGUUGGAACAAGCCUUACCGCCAAGUUAUCGAGUAGAGGUCAAGAUAAAGAAGGAUACGCACAGUCAAUCCGAGGAGGUCAACAAGCAGCUGGCGGACAAGGAACGGGUCGCCGCAGCUCUGGAGAACGCAAACCUGAUGGGCAUCUUGAGAAAGAUGAUGGAGCCCUGUCAGGACUGAUAUGAUACGGCGGAUCGCCUGUUACGCAUAUAUGAAUAAUACGAUUGCAUAGUUGAUCCCACGCAGCUGCUACGAUUCUUGCAUAUCCAUGC